AUGGCAUCAAUGGUCCCCUCUAAGCGGCCCCCAGAAGAGGAGCCCUCAAUCUCGUCCAAAAAGCCAAAGCAGGGAGUCGACCAAGAACGCAUUCAAAAGAUGCUAGCAGAAGCCCGCGCCCGUGCAGCAGCUGUCGCCGCAAAGCUAAAUAGCAAUGUCAGAAUAUCUGCUCCAUCCUCCGCAUCCCCAACGCCCCCGCCAGCACCGCCACCUCCAGCCGCACAAUCCGCCGCUGACAGGAUCGCCGCGAUGAGGGCCCGUGUGUCCGGGGCCGUAUCUAGAUCCUCCGGACUUGCGGCGGGCGGGCCACCCAGGCCACCGCCGAGUGCACACAGGAGGGAAGAGCCGGACAUGGAGGAGGUAUCCAAGGCGCGUGGUGGACUGGAUGUGGGACUUCAUCCCGCGCUGCUGGGCGAUGGUGGGGACGCUGGAUCGGCAAAGCGCGGAAAGGGGGGGAUUCCACCCAAGUUUGCAACUACCAUGGCGAAUCGGCGGGCAAAGGGGAAGACCGGGAAGAAACAGCUGGAGAUUCAGGGUCCCUCGGCGGACAUGACGGACCCCAGCAAGAACCCGUAUUUUGAUCCAAAUCUUGCGUCAAAGGUCGUUGCGCCUCGGAGGAUGAGCAAGGCUUUGGCAUUCAAUCAGAAGGGGAAAUAUAUUGAGCAGGCGAAUGCUCUGCGUAGACAAGCUGCUCUAGAGGCUAUGAAGAAAAGGAUUGCGGAGGCGGCUAGGAAGGUGGGGAUUGAUGAGGACAUGCAUGCAGAUAAGGCAUUUGCUGUGAGUUUUCCUACUCCUCAUAUAUGUAAACUUGCUAAUUCGCCACUACAGCGUGAACCACCCCCCGAAAUCGAGUGGUGGGACCAAGGCCUCACAACUGCCUCCUCAUACGAAGCAAUAACCCCAGAAACCCUCCUAAUCUCCGCCGCCGACACAAUAGUAACCUACUACGUCCAACACCCAGUCCUCCUUGCCCCACCACAGGACCAACUCGCGCCGGCAAUGAAGCCCUUCCCCCUGACCAAGAAAGAACAAAAGAAAGUCCGCCGUCAACGCCGCGCUGAAGCCCUGAAAGAAAAGCAAGCGAAAGUCCGCCUCGGCCUAGAACCCCCACCGCCGCCAAAGAUCAAGAAAUCAAACUUAAUGCGAGUCCUCGGCGAAGAAGCGGUGAAAGACCCCACAGCAGUAGAAGCGCGUGUGAACCGCGAAAUCAAAGAACGCCAUGAAGGUCACUUAAAAGCGAACGAAGAGCGCAAACUGACGAAAGAACAACGCCACGAACAGCUCGCCGCGAACCAGGAAAAGGAUUUGGCCCGUGGUAUCCACGUCCUCGUCUUCCGCAUCGAGACAUUAGCGAACGGGAGACAUAGGUACAAAAUCAACAUCAACGCGGAACAACUGGCUUUGACGGGGAUCUGCAUCCUCAACCCGAAAUUCAAUCUCGUUAUUGUGGAGGGCGGGAUCCACUCCAUCACAAAGUUCCGCAAACUGAUGGUGAAUAGGAUCGAUUGGAAGGAGGGCAUCACCGCUAGAGAGGGGAGCAAAGGUGUCGAGGGCGAUGCGGGGGCCGAGGAAGAAGGGCAGGCGGUCGACAUGACAAAGAAUAUGUGCACGCUGGUCUGGGAGGGUGAGGUUCGGCAGAAGGGAUUUAAAAGAUUUACUACCGAGCGGGUGCCCAGUGACGCCCUGGCUCGGGAGCGGCUGGAGAGAGCUAGGAUGGAGUAUAUGUGGACUCAGGCCAAGAAUGCUGUUGCGAAGGAGGGU